AGAGAGAGAAAGAAGAGAGCAAAGAUUCCACCUGGUUGGGUCGUCAAUAGAGAGAAGAAGAAGAAAUCGAAGAAGCUCGACGAACAGAUUCUUCCCCUUCCCUUGAGAGAUUUUUGUUUGCUCGGAGGAGUUGUGCGAAUUUGAAUAUCUGAAUCUGUUUUAUUCCUUUCUCUUUUUUGCUUUUUUUUUUCUCUCUCUCUCUCUCUCUCUCUCUCUCUCUCUCUCUCUCUUUUUCUCUCUCCACAUGAAGCUGUGGUGAAGAUUUUUUUGGGAGAUUUAGGGUUUCUGAGUUGUUUUGUUCGUCCUGGUUUUGGUUGGUGGUUGAAAGCGAAGAUGAACGUGAUGCGUCGUCUCAAGAGCAUUGCUUCCGGUCGUACCUCGAUUUCUUCCGAUCCUGGUGGGGACUAUGGGAUGAAGAGAGCCAAGCUUGAUCAAGAGAACGACAACUUGUGUGCUGAUCCAAUGCAGGUUGACCAAACUAGUUCUUCUUCUUCUUCUGAUAUCAAACCUGACAUUUUCCCACUAGAAAGUGUUGCUGGAACCUCAAAUGGCCAUCCUCUCUCAGAUAAACCCGUCGAUGAUCAUCAUCAUCAGCUCCCUGAAGUUAUGACCGAUAUGAGGAUUAGAGAUGACCGAAAUGCCCACCGCGACGACAAGGAGAUGGAGACAACUAUUGUAAACGGCAGUGGGACUGAAACGGGACAAGUUAUUACAACGACUGUUGGGGGUAGAGAUGGAAAGCCUAAGCAGACAAUCUCAUACAUGGCCCAGCGAGUGGUUGGAACCGGCUCAUUCGGAGUAGUGUUCCAGGCCAAGUGUUUGGAAACGGGUGAACAAGUUGCAAUUAAGAAGGUUCUGCAGGAUAAAAGAUACAAGAACAGAGAACUUCAGAUAAUGCGCUUGCAAGACCAUCCCAACGUUGUGCGACUGAGGCAUUCUUUCUUUUCAACAACUGACAAGGAUGAGCUGUAUCUCAACCUUGUCCUUGAGUAUGUUCCUGAAACUGUCUACAGAGCAUCUAAGCACUAUACCAAAAUAAAUCAGCAUAUGCCAAUUAUCUUUGUUCAGCUCUACACUUAUCAGAUUUGCCGUGCGCUGAACUACUUACAUCGCGUAGUUGGGGUGUGUCACCGUGACAUCAAGCCACAAAAUCUACUGGUCAAUCCCCAAACUCAUCAACUAAAAAUUUGCGAUUUUGGAAGCGCAAAGAUGUUGGUAUGUUCAUUUUAUUUUUUGAAGUGUUCUGGUUGAUGGG